AUGUCUUCAUCCUCCAAGAAGCAAAAGGGUGGCGUAUCAUGGCAAAAAUCAAGAGGCAAUAAGGUGACCAUUGACACCGGAGACUGGGGAGUGUUUGUCACCUGCGAUUUGGGAAGAGAACCGAAAUGCAUUGCUGAAGUACUGGAUAUUUUCUCGCAGAGCGUCGAGUCUUCGGGGCAGGGCGAGGAAGAUGAUGAGUCCGAUGGAGACGAGGACGACAUCGAGGCCCAGAUCAGGAAAGAAGUCGAAGGCCUCAAGCCUGGCUCGGGCAAACCCCGUCUUUUCCAAGCGAUCAGAUUAGACACGCCCUGUGUGACAUUCAUACGAUUCGACAAGUCUAUUAAUCCUGAGAAACUGGUGCAUGAACUUUGUGAGGAGGCAUAUGCUCAUCCUGAAAAGAAGCGAAGCCGCUAUGUGAAACGCAUGACGCCAAUAACGUCCAUCCGGAAGAUACUCAGCGUGGACCUCGAGGUUUUCGCACGCGAGAUUCUCAAGCCCUACUUCCAUUCUGGCGGCCCCCCCAAGAAGUAUGCGAUUCGACCGGCUAUUCGGAGCAACUCCAAGUUUAACAGAGACAAUGUGAUCAAAACCAUUGCCGAUGUCGUGGGCAAAGAGCAUCCUGUCGAUCUUACGAACCCUGAUCUGGUCAUCCUUGUCGACGUCAUUCAGAAUGUUGUCGGGAUGAGCGUCGCUGGAAGCGAUUAUGAUAAACUCAAGCGAUACAAUUUGGCUGAAUUGUACAACCCAACUCCGAAACCAGAUGAACAAAAGCCUGCAGAGUCCAAGGAGUGA